UCCAUAUAUGCUAUCUUCAUUGUAAUAUAAAAUAUAUAAACUAGUAGGCGGUACGAUCCAAGUAACGUUUUGUCAAUACCAAAUUUGUUACAAGUUAUUAUUACGAAUUUUAUAAUUAAUAUUAUAUUUAAUACAGUACAAAUUAAUAAGUUUAAAAAAUGGCACAAGAGGUAGAAGAAACUAUGAAACGUAUUCAAUCACACAAGGGGGUGGUUGGAACAAUUGUAGUUAAUGCAGAAGGUAUUCCAAUCAAAUCUACAUUGGAUAAUACUACAACAGUUCAAUAUGCAGGAUUAAUAAGUCAACUGUCAGACAAAGCAAGGUCUGUAGUAAGAGAUUUGGACCCAACAAAUGACCUUACCUUUCUACGUAUUCGUAGUAAAAAACAUGAAAUUAUGGUAGCUCCAGAUAAAGAGUUUAUACUUAUAGUAAUACAGAAUCCAGUUGAUUGAUAACCGAAAGAAACAGUAAUAUAUAAAAUAUAUGCUUUGCUAAUUGUUAAUUAUUUCAUAUAGCACAUUUCAUUUUAGUGCUAUCUACAUAAUAUUAAUGUUAAAAACAAAAUAUCGUUUAUGUUUUAAAUUAAUGGUAAAGAAUGUGUUUUAUAAUGUCAUUCUUAAAUAUCAAUGUUUCAAGCACUGCAAAACAAUUAAACAUAAAUAUAAUUAGAUCACCUAUA